UCACCCUUAUUUACUUCCAACCCUUCAUGCUUUAGAUUGCUCAUCUUGUUCUUGUUUUUGACUAAGUGCUGGGCAGCAACUGCAAGAACAAAUCUGACUUUUUCUUCUGUUCACUGGGCACUGGCGUGUGUUUGGAUUUCUUUUUUCUUUCUUUUUUUUUUUUUUUUUUGAUUUUCAUAUGAAUUUUUAAAAGAUUGGACCUUUUAUAGUUUCCACGGUGCAAGCUCUGGACCUUUCUGUGUGCUUUAUUUCUUUAAUUUAUUAUUGAAAGAUUACAUUGAUUGAAAGUAGCUGGAAUGGCUACUUUUCCAGGAACAGUUCCUCGAAUGAUGCGACCAGCACCAGGCCAGAACUACCCUCGAACUGGAUUCCCAUUAGAAGUCUCAACGCCUCUGGGUCAAGGUCGAGUGAACCAGCUUGGUGGAGUUUUCAUCAAUGGCAGGCCACUACCAAAUCAUAUUCGACACAAAAUAGUGGAAAUGGCCCAUCACGGAAUCCGACCCUGUGUGAUCUCAAGGCAGCUGCGGGUUUCACACGGCUGUGUGUCCAAAAUCCUCUGUCGGUACCAGGAGACCGGUUCCAUUCGCCCUGGAGCCAUAGGUGGAAGUAAACCCAGGCAAGUUGCAACUCCCGACGUCGAAAAGAGGAUUGAGGAAUACAAACGCGAGAAUCCAGGGAUGUUCAGCUGGGAAAUCCGGGACAAGUUGCUGAAGGACGGGGUGUGUGACAGAGGCACGGUUCCUUCAGGUGAGGCCUCUUCCGUAAGUUCCAUUAGCCGGGUUUUGAGAGCUCGUUUUGGCAAGAAAGAUGACGAUGACGACUGUGAUAAAAAGGAUGAAGAUGGAGAAAAGAAAACCAAGCACAGCAUCGAUGGGAUUCUCGGGGAUAAAGGUAAUCGUACAGACGACGGUUCGGACAUAGAAUCAGAGCCAGACCUGCCCUUGAAGAGGAAACAGAGACGAAGCCGUACCACCUUCACAGCUGAACAACUGGAGGAACUAGAGAAGGCCUUCGAGAGAACGCACUAUCCUGACAUCUACACCAGAGAAGAGCUCGCACAGAGAACCAAACUGACAGAGGCUCGUGUACAGGUGUGGUUUAGCAACCGAAGAGCCAGGUGGCGCAAACAAGCAGGAGCCAAUCAGCUUGCAGCAUUCAACCACUUGUUGCCCGGAGGAUUCCCACCCACUGGAAUGCCAACCUUACCCACCUAUCAACUUCCAGAAUCGACAUAUCCCAGCACCACGCUCUCUCAAGAUGGCAGUGGUACAUUACACCGGCCGCAACCUCUUCCACCUUCCUCCAUGCAUCAGGGUGGACUCUCGGCCGACGGUAGCUCCGCCUACGGCCUCUCGUCCAAUCGCCACACCUUCUCCAGCUAUUCAGAAACUUUCAUGAGCCCGUCAGCUUCAAGCAACCACAUGAACCCUGUGAGCAAUGGCCUCUCGCCACAGGUGAUGAGUAUUUUGAGUAACCCCAGUGCGGUCUCCUCCCAGCCUCAGCACGAUUUCUCCAUCUCUCCUCUCCACGGCAGUCUGGAGGCAUCUAACCCCAUCUCAGCGAGCUGCAGUCAGCGGUCAGACUCCAUCAAGGGUGUGGACAGUCUCGCCUCCUCCCAGUCCUACUGCCCCCCAACGUACAGCGCAACCGGCUACAGCAUGGACCCCGUCACUGCUGGUUACCAGUACAGCCAGUAUGGCCAGACCGCUGUUGACUAUCUGGCCAAGAACGUGAGUCUGUCGACUCAGCGAAGGAUGAAGUUGGGUGAUCAUUCUGCGGUGCUGGGACUUCUUCAAGUGGAGACAGGACAGGCUUACUGAGUCCGCCUGAAUGUCCCAUCUGAACACUGCACACAAUAUACACUCCCACGCUCUCAAAUGCACCCACACCUCCUUGAACCCGGCGGAGAUUUUUAACGCAACGUUCUCAACUGCGUUUCAACGUGUGUGUAGUCCAGAGAGACCUUACUCUGUGAUUUUCAAGAAAAGAAACUCUUGCCAUUCCAGUUGAUGUGACAGACUGUCUUCACGUCAUUUUUGGCUGGUGUUGCUCCUCUAAAUCAGAUAAGAGGACCAAUGGCACAUCAACGGACGCAGCGUAUAGCAAGAACGCAUUCCUAGCCAUUUCCAAAAUGUACUUUCACCUUAAUGUGCAAAGAUGUGUAUGAACCCCAGUGUCAUGAAAACGGAUAAUCUAGCUGGUUUUAUGUUGAUAUUGUUAUUACGAUUGCCCUCACAGUUGUUGUAAUUAUUAUUAUUGUAACUAUUGUUUUGUUGUUUUGGAAUCCACACAUUGUAUUUUUUCUAAUUUGAAUCCGAAGUCUUUGUAAAAUGCUAGCCGUGGGUGAAGACAGGGGUUUAUGUGUGUAUGUGUUGAAAGUGUGACUGCUGGUUUUCCACUUUCUCCACCACUAGAGCCAUUAUGUUCCUCAGCGAUUUGACCUUCACUGCCAUCAUAUUUCACUCGACAUUCCAUAUGAACAUGGCCACUCUGUGGGAAGUCUAGCUUUGGACAUUCUGUUGGGAUUAGCAGGGCUUUUUGGAGGACCAACAUUUUUCCCCUUUUCCUCAAAUGCCUGCUCUGUCCUUAGUGAUCAUCUUGAGGGAAGUAAUUGGUAUUGUUUGGAAAACAGGAUUUGGAAGAAAGCUAUGAGUUUUAUUUUAUUUUUAUUUCCAAAGAAUGGAGCCACACUGCAAGAAAUAAUUUUAUUACUUAGUAUAUUUGUCUUGUUUCAGAAAAAAAAAAAAAAAAUCUCUAUAGCCUUAAAACAAGGAACAUUUAUCUGAAAAGCAAGAUGGCAUAUGAUAUUCAUAUGAAGUCUUGUUUUUAAAAAAAAAAAUCUAUUUAGUGAGGUUUAUGCUUAAAGCAAGAAAAAAACACAUGCGCCAGUAGGUUUAGAAAAAUAAGCUUUCCCUUUGAAUUAAGAUGAUUUUUCUUGGCCAUUGGCAAAUAAUAUUUUCUUGUUGUUAAAUUUCACCUAAUUUUAUUAGAUUGCUCUUUAAUCAAGAUGUAAUGUCUUAAGUCAUUUUGCUUCUGAAGCAAAUCUUGUUUUAAGUAUAUUUAAAUAUUUUUACUGGAAAACAAGACGAAAAUACUGAGUGAGAAUAGUUUUUAUGUGUGUGUGUGUGUGUGUGUGUGUGUGAGCUGAUUUUGAAAUAAACAGCUAAAUUUAAACAUUCCUCAUAAAUUGUACAGAAUUGGUUUGAUUAUAUAUGUGGUUAUUAGACCAAGUAUAACAUUUCGGCAUUCCUUACAGUUUGGCUCAUGAACGGAUUACAGGGCCCGCAAGCUGUGACAUUUAUACGCACACUGACCAAUCAAAUAAUUCUUUCAGAAGGUACAGUAAAGGACACCUCAUUCUCAUCUUUGCAUUCUCUUUAUCUGUUUUUCUAUUUCUCUCUCCAUUUUUGAAACGAAAUGAUACGAAAACAAACAACAUUAGGGCUGCUGUAAUUUAAGAAUUCAUGCAUUCACAGGUAUGUACAAAAAAAAGUAGUGACUUUUUGACAUUUGUGUAGGACUCACAGGUGACAAUUUGACACAUAAAUGGAAUUGUACAGUAGAUGAAGCAGAGUGUUUAUUGUUUGUUUAUAAAGAAUAUGUUUUAUACUAAAACAAAAAAGGUGUUGUGUGGUAGAUGACGCAGGGGAUAUGUGUAAGUCUAAUACUGUAAUUUUGUGUUUAUAUUUACUGCUUUUACUUCUUUGCUUUUUAAUAGUUAAUAUGUAUAAUUUUCCUUAGGAUUCAAAGUGUAUGUGAAAACCACUUGGUACAAAUUCCACAUGUAAAAUUGUACGGAAGCUGAAUCAUAUUGGUGAUGAUUCCUAGCAGGUACAAAUUUGCUGAAGUCAGGUGUUAAUUAAGAAUAUUGCGCUUAAGGAAGAGCUCAUAUGUGGAUCCACAAUGAAGAUACUUGUUACUAACUUUUAAUAUUGACAUUCCGUUUGGAAGCAGAGACUGUGCAGUUGAAGUGACUGAAGGCUCAUAUAACGGACUGUGUGAAUACACAGCAGUGUUUGGUGCUAACUGACUGCUUCAGAAUGCAUCUUCGAAUGGACGUCUUAUUGGAUGUUUUUAUGACGAAGACAACUCUUAUAGGAACAGUGUGACCCAAACCCCACCCCUUCCGUUUCAACUGUCUAUGAUCUUAUAAAAACCAUCACAAAUGAGGAAUGAAAUUUAAACUACUUCUACUAUAGAAAAUCCACAGCUAACACAUUUGCUAAUCAACAUUUGGAUAAUAAAACUAUAUUACCCAUCAUGCCUUUUUGGGACAUCAAACUGGGCACCUGCUUUCGUUAGCCUUUGUGUUUAUGCUUUACUCCAUUUUAUUUCAGCAUGUGUGUAUAUUACCAUGGUAUAAUUUAUUCUGCUGUAUGAAGUCGUAGCUUUAGUGGGAACCUUGUAUUUGGUAUUUUCAGCCUGUUGGUGUCUUUACUGUAACACUGGCGUAAAUGUUAUCAAUUAAAGAUCUAAAA